AUGGCACACGGAUCGGUCGAACCUCCCCGUAGAGGAAACCAGACGGGUAGGGAGUUCGACGAUCCUGCAUCACAACAUCACCCGGAUUCGGACCGUAGGCCACUCAAUCAGAAUUAUAAGGAGCGAGUUCGACGCGAGUGUCACAAGCUCGCGGUCAAAUCCGAGAUCUUCACUGGGAAGUCUUCCCAGGAGAUCACCAUCGCCAGCCUGCAUAGAGAUAUAGAGGAAACAGCCGAGGACCACGGCUGGGACGAACUCUCAGUCGGAUCUUAUUACCUCUUGAGGUAUCGACUGAGCAGGUCGGUUUGGGAUAAUGUCAUCGACUCCAUUGGGAAGUCCUUUGAUAGAUCAUGUGCCGCUGGCUUCAAAGCCAGGGUAGAAGCCAUAUGGAGGGUUCUGGAGCAUACUUACUCCAAUGCCGUUGUGAGAGACAAGCUUAAGACUCAGUGGAAACAGCUGAGACGUAAUCCAGCCGAGUCGUGCCGAGAUUUCAUCAGCCGUGUUCAGAACGCCCGAAAGGAGCUACAAUAUUCAGAAGCGCUGGUUGAAGACUCUGACGAAAUCAGUAUCUGGCGUAAUGGUCUCUUUGGACCCUACAGUGAUUGGGUGGGCCAGUACCUCGCAGUCGCAGCUGUUGAAGGACACCCAUACGGCCCUCGAUCUAUUCAGCAGUUGAGAGCUGAGAUUCAGAUCCGAGGCGAUGAGUACGAGAUCGACACGGGAUAG